AUGGCAGCCAAUGAAGACAGAGAUGAUGCAGCUGCAAUUCUCAACUGGGAAGGGACUAGCGAAAUCAAAAGUGCAAAUGAAUACAGUAGGAAUCUUCUUUUCUCAGUGCUCGACUCCUUAGACGGGAAUAAAACAAUUGUUUGGGAUCGGGAUAGGAGUGUAAUGCACAGAGUUAAUCUGUUUGCCGGUGCAUCAGUUCUUGCUGCCCAUGGAGUUGUUGCAAAUCAUUCAAUCGAAACCAAAAAGUCCGCCUCCACUCCACACGUCGUUUUCUUUUUGGCUCCGACAAUGGUUUCACUGGAUUUACUAUGUGAUUAUAUUGAUAACGUGCGGAAUGACUCGAAAAUCCUGUACCAAGUGUUCUUCAUUCCCGAGGCGUGGUUUGUCGUUCGAGAAAGUCUGAAAACGAGGGCAGAAGGAAAAUAUUGGGAACGUUUGGAAUCGGUAAAAGAAAUUCCAUUGUGCUGGUUGCCACGAGACGGCGAAUGUCUAUCACUCUCCAGUCCUCAAAUAGCUGCAAGACUUCUGAUAAACGGAGAUUGGACCCAUCUACAUAAAUGCGCUGUUGCAUUAAAUCAACUAAUUGAUAUGUGUCGUGGACGUUCUUCAUCAUCAAAUCAACGUCCAAUGUCAAUAUAUGCAAAAGGAAAAUGGGCUUCAGACGUUGCCAAAAUGAUGGGAAAAAUUAGAAAUUCUGCUGAAGCGGAUAGUAUGACGAAAAAUCUGGAUCCAAUUGAAGGUCUUCUCAAAAUUAAUCGAAUCGUUCUAAUCGAUCGAUGGAUGGAUCCACUCACACCAAUGCUCUCUCAGCUGACAUUUUAUGGACUUCUUGAUGAGAUUUAUGGAAUUGGAAUGGUGAAUUCUGUAAAAGUGCCAGAAAUGGAAUUUAAAAACGAAAAAGAUGGAGAUCCGUUUCAAGAAAAAGAAGUUUAUUUGAUUGAUGAGGUGUAUCAUAGACUGAAACAUUCCCAUAUUAAUGCUGUCAGUAUUGAAGCAUCAAAAGUUUUGGCUGAAAUUAGAGAUGACGAACAGUUCGAUCGAGAUAAGAUGUCAGUUGCUGAAUAUUCGGUUUUAGUCAAGAAAAUGCCAAAAAUUAUUAAUCGAAAAAAGAUGAUUGAAGUGCACAUGCGACUUGCCGAAAUGAUUCAAUCACAUGUGUACUGUAAGCAGUCGGAUUCGAUUAAAUUGGAACGAGAUCUCCUUGAAUAUUCUGACAGCGAUAAAGCGAUUCCACUAAUCGAAGAUCUCAUCUUUGAUGCUUCUCCAUUGAAUGCUGUUCUUCGCCUCAUUUCAGUUCAUUCUCUGACAUGUGGUGGCCUGAAACCAUCAGUUCUCCAACACUAUCGUCGAAUUGUCAAUCAAAGUUAUGGAUCUUCAGCUUUGAAUAAAGUUCUGAAAAUGCAGAAAAUGGGAUUGAUUCGUGAAAAAGGAGGUGGCGGAAAGAUGCAAUGUGAAUAUGCUCAAAUGAUGUUCCAACAAAUGAAGAAAAAUCACGAUAUGUUGCCAGAAGAGUUCAGUGAAGCAAAACUUGAUGAUAUGGCCUACGCCUACAGUGGAUUCUCACCACUUUUAUGUAAAAUGCUUGAAGAAGGAGAUCGAGUGAAAUGGGUCGGCUGGCCAAAAACUGUAAUUGGAGAUAAAUCAGAUUUGAUUGCUGAAAGAGAUGGCAGAGGGACCUGUGUGUUCGUUAUUGGAGGACUAACACGAUCGGAAUUGGCAAUUAUUCGAGAAAAUCUUCCGAAUGUUGCACUUAUCACUACAAGUGCAUUGAUAACUGGCGAUAAGCUUCUGAAUAAUAUUACCAAUAUUUAAAAAUGAUUUCAAUGUAUAUCGUUUACCCAAAAUCGCGAUUUUUCCUCACUAUCAUAUGUUUAAUUCCCAAUUCCACUCUGUGCCUUAUCCAACUGGCCCUACCAAAUUCAAUUAUUGCCUGUGAUUUCAUUUCUUGUGAGUAUACGUUGUAUUUUAAUGUUUUAAAGUUGAAAAUAGAGAGCUGUUUAUUGAAUUCAUAAAACUUAUUUACAUU